AUAUUUUCACUUCGAUGCCUUUUGUUUAUCAUUAGACAACAACGUACAGGCAACAGUGCGAUCAGAUAGGAGGGUAAUUUGUUGUGUAUCGCCAUCCCUUCAUGUUAUUUUCUGUAACAGUAGUGAUAUUAGUGCUACCUCAGUUCUUUUCGUUCUAACAAUCUUCCUGCUUAGCUCUAAGUUGAUCGGUUUAUCCGUUAUUUGGUUUCCUUUGUUUUCUAGUGUUUCCAAAAAUGUGGAAAAUCCUUAAUAACCUGAAACAUGGACACCACAAUUAGUAAUGGAUGAUCAACAGUUUGGUGGAAACUCAUCUCAACCCUUGCACUUUAGUGAUGGUAUUUUUAAUUUUACCGAUGAGCACAAUGAAGAGUGUCCUAUUACGUCCAAUUCUAGUAAUGUUCUAUUGCGCAUUAUUGAUUGGUGUGGGGAAAGAUUGGCAUGGAGUCUUGGUAUUUCUUCACCAAAAUAUUAUUAUAUAAUAGAGAAUGCCAAAAUAAGAAACUCAAAACAAGAUGUCAUUGACAUGGGUGAUAUGGACGAUCCACAUGUUGCUAUUCUUCAGUAUCCAAUAUCAAGUAACAAUUGCACUCAUCCCUCAGUUAUUGCAUCUGGAUAA